GCGUUCCAAAGCGCUACUGCAAUGUCGUUCACUCGGUUCAAUACGAGUUAUACUCAAAAGUAAAACAGUCGGAGUUUUACUUUUCACAGAUCAACCACAUCACAGUAUGAACGUAAGAACACUCAUCCAUCACAGCCCUUCUACUCCUCUGCUCAAGCCGUGGCGAGACUCUUUCCUCUCGCAAAUAUAUCCUCCAUCCUACCUACGAAGUAGGAAAACUCUUUGCUGAAAAAUAUAUCAAAAUUAAUUAUACCAAAAUUUUGAAACGAUAUCAAAACGUGUGACCUGUGAUGUCGUCACCAAUUUUGUCGAGUACCCAUACUGGCAAUUCACGCGGUACUCCCCCGUCCGGAUGCCAGAUAUCGAAUCAACAUUGACUUCGCCUGUGUACCUGGUCGACGGCUUGCAGUCCCAGUCGUAUCUUUCGGCCACUGGGCGGCUCGGCGGUCCGGCUGGUCAGUGCCACGUCAGCAACAGUGCCACGUCAGCAGUGCCACGUCAGCAAGUGCCACGUCAGCAGUGCCACGUCAGCAGUGCCACGUCAGCAACAGUGCCACGUCAGCAACAGUGCCCCGUCAGCAACAGUGCCACGUCAGCAACAGUGCCAUGUCAGCAGUGCCACGUCAGCAACAGUGCCACAUCAGCAGUAACAGUGCCACCUCACAGUGCCACGUUAGCAGUGCCCCGCCACCAUGACGGGCGCAGCUCUGGCAUGCCAGGCCAACUGGCCAACGAGUCUAUUGCCGACUACAAACAGCGGUUCCAGACUCAACUCGCACUCAUCGAGGCUGAGGAACAGCGCCAGCUGGCAGCCGAGGCUGCCCGCCUACAGGCUGAAGCAGCGGCAACAGCUGAGAGGCAGCGGCUUCAGGCCGAAGCAGAUGCAGAUACCCAGGCACGCCGCAAGGAAGCCCAGGAUCUGCUGCAGCGGCAUGAAGCCGCCAACAUCGAAAGACUCAAGUAUUGGCACUUUGAACCAUCUGAAGGGCACGACGACGCGACACCGGAGGAACAGCACAGGGAAUUCAUGGCCAAACUCGUGACUCGGUUGGUUUACACUUGUAACCACCUGCAGUCCGAGCUGGCGAACCUCCAGCGAGCCGUGCGGAACCACAAGGCUCAGCACGAGGAUGCAGCACGGGCACUUGACUCCCGUGUACAGGACUUGGAGCAGACUGCACCAAGACCGGAGGCUGGCGAGUCCAGCAAUGCACCCUCUGCCCGCCAACUGGAGGAAUGCUUCGAUCAUGUAGUGGCAAUGCUAGGUGACAUCAGCACCUUCGCAGCGCCAGCCACCAUCAGCCAGCAGCUGGACACACUGAAGACCGAGAUCAGGCAGCGACAACAGCCGUCUGACCACGAUCGCAGCACCGGCACGGCAAAGCAUUACAAGAUGCCGACGUUCCGGAUCGAGAAGUUUGAUGAUUACACACAUCAGGACCCGGUCGUCUGGUGGCAAGGAUUUAGAACAGAGUUGGGGAUUCAUGAGAUCUGGCUCAGCCAUAUGGCAACCGUCCACGGCGUCGAGGUCUUCGACCUACACACGAAGGUCUCCUGGGAGGAUCUGACAAAGGAAUGGAAGAAGCGGUUCAUCGUUGACGACGCCCCGACGCUCGCCAUCAACCGCAUCUUCACGAUGGCUCAAGGAAACACAGCGACAUGUGAUUGGCUCACGGAUUGGCAGAAGAUCGUGGCGACGCCCGAUCUGGACUUACCAUUUCCGCAUCUGCUUCGGGAGUUCUACAACCGGUCAUGCGCCGCUUUGAGCCUCGCACUUGGUGAUCACGAGCAGUACAACACCUUCGGUGAAAUCAUCAACAAGGAGAGGGAGAUCAUCCAGACAAACAGGGCAGUUGCACACGAGAAGUUAGCGUGGCAGCCAACCUAUGUGGAGAAGGUGAAAACUGGUCCACGACCGCAGCAGUUCGCUGCAGUCCAAUCGGACAACAUUGUGGAAGACCCGGCAUCCACCCAAGCGUCACGUGAGGGAGAUCAGGUGGCUGCUGUCCAGCCGCGAAGCAACAACAAGUCCCGAGGAAACGGAAAGGCGAAAACCGCAUCGCCGACCGGAAACGGACAGCCAGCACCAUGGGUCAAGUUUCACUUGACCGAGGCCGAGUACAAGUACCGCGGCUGGAUUCGGCCUAGCUCAUCGCCAUACGGUGCUCUUGUUCUCUUCGUUCGGAAGAAGAACAAGGAUUUGCGGUUGUGCAUCGAUUAUCGCAAGCUCAACGCGCAAACAAUCAGAAACGCCGGCCCUCUUCCACGCAUCGACGACCUUCUCGAACGGCUGGGCGGCGCCAAGUUCUUCUCCAAGUUGGACCUCAAGUCGGGAUAUCACCAACUCGAAAUUCGCAAGGAGGACCGCUACAAGACCACGUUUAAGACGCGAUAUGGGCAUUUCGAAUGGCUGGUCAUGCCAUUUGGCCUUACGAAUGCCCCGGCCACUUUCCAAGCGGCUAUGACAACGGAGCUCCGACACAUGCUGGAUCGAUUCGUACUUAUCUACCUCAACGACAUCCUAGUGUACAGCCGGAGUUUGGACGAGCAUGUGGAACACCUGCCCACUGUUUUGGAGCGGCUACGACAAGCCAAGUACAAAGCCAACCGCAACAAAUGCGAAUUCGCGUGGCAGGAGCUGGAGUACUUGGGACAUUAUGUGACGCCGCAAGGCAUCCGUCCGCUUGCGGACAAGAUCGAGGCCCUCCACGUAUGGCCCGAGCCCACCAACACCACGGACGUACGUUCAUUCAUGGGGUUAGCGGGCUACUAUCAGCGAUUCAUCACCGGAUACUCAAGGAUUGCUGCACCUAUGAAGAGAUUACAAUCGCCAAAGGUGCCAUUCGUAUUCGAUGACGACGCAUGCCGGUCAUUCCAAGCACUUAAGACGACCAUGCUCAUGGCUCUCGUCCUUAGCAUCUAUGACCCCACCCUGCCUACGAGAGUGACAACUGACGCUUCCGGCUAUGGCGUUGGGGCAGUCUUGGAACAACACGACGGCGACGACUGGCACCCUGUGGAGUAUUUCAGCCACAAAGUGCCUCCCAUCAACUCACUUGAUGAUGCAAGGAAGAAGGAGCUGCUCGCGUUCGUGAUGGCUCUCAAGCGAUGGCGGCACUUCCUCCUUGGGCGUCGUAGGUUCACAUGGGUUACGAACAACAACCCACUGACUUACUACAAGAUGCCGGAUACGGUGAGCAGCACGAUCGGACGAUGGAUGUACUUCGUCGACCAAUUUGACUUCACACCGAAACAUCUUUCUGGCCUCUCCAAUCGCGCAGCAGAUGCACUCUCGCGAAGACCUGAUCUUUGCGCUAUGACACAUCAUGCCUUCGCAUUCGACGAGGAACUUCAGCUACACUUCAUCCAAGGCUAUGAGUCUGAUCCGGAGUUCGCCACGUUGUAUGUGCAGCUAUCUUCGGAUCACCCUCCGGCCAGCCAUUACCGCAUUGCCGACGGGUACUUGCUCCUCCACUCGAGAGGCAAGGACUUAUUGUGUGUGCCACGAGACCGUCGUCUUCGGACUCACCUUCUCGGGGAGUACCAUGACUCGCCACUCGCUGGCCAUUUCGGAGUCAAAUGCACCAUUGCACGGCUUCGACAAUGAUUCCGAUGGCUCAACCUCAUUACCGAUGUCACUUGGUAUUGCGAAUCUUGCGAAGUUUGCCGACGGAGCAAGCCCCGCAA